AUGCCUAUUGUUACACCUAGUCAAAUCACUAAUGAAAAAGCUACUGUUAAUGUAUCAUCCGCAUGGUUCCAACCAGUGAAACCUAUACUUAUGGAAAAAAUCCAUUUUUCUAAUAAUUAUAACAAAAAUUCUCCAGCGGAUGUCAGUACAUACGAACGCUUGUCUAUGUAUCGAUUCAUAGUCAAGAAUACCGACAAUGUUGAUUUUGUUGUUGAACCAUUUUUACCUGAUGUGGGAAAUACUGAAACACUUGUAGUAGUUCUGAACAAACUUGCUCAUCAACUUGGUGCUCAACUGACUUUUACAUCAGCAAACGUUAAAUACAAUGAUCGAGAUUAUCGAACUGCUUGCAAAGUAACCAAUCUUGGUAGUAUUCAUUCAUUCCUUGCUUCUGAAAGAAACUUUCAAACUGCCAAAUUCAACCUUCAUUUCGAUCUUGACUAUAAGAAUACGACACGAUCACCUGAGGCAUUACGAAACUUUGUCUUAAGUGUUAUUAACGAUAUGUGCCAUAUUGCAGAAUGUGAUAAAGAUUUUAUUCGAGUAUGUGCUGUGAAAGCAGCUUCAUCACUUAUCGUUGAAAUCGGUAUCACUACACCUAAUGUUAAUCAAACAAUAGAAAUUACUGAUACGGUCAAAGGGAGGCUAAUCAAAAUUCCGAUGGCAAAAACUCCAAGUUUUCUACUUAAUGGAUCAAAGAAAUCAUUUACAUCAUUAGAAGAUAAAUCGAACAAGACUUCGACACCACCAGUUUCAAGUAUUUUGGAAUGCCUAUUUCCAGAAAAAGACGAAUAUACACUUGAGUCCGCACCUAAAUUUUUGGAAUUGCAGCCAUCCGAUCUUGAUUCUAGGUACAAUCGCAACUAUCCGCAUGCUAAUGAAGAAAUAAGAGGUGGUCAUCCGUAUUAUUUCCCACAAGGAUGA